GUUUAGACCGAGAAGCCCAAAGUAAAAUGGGAAAGGGGAAAACGGAAAAAUCGUAUUCCGUCGACUAGGUACGAGAGCUCCUUCUCCUCUCAUUCCCUUUUCUUUUCCUUCUUCGAAACCCUAAAACCUAAACGAAGGGGAGGUUCUGCGGUGCGAGAGCAAGAGAGAGAAAUAGCAACGCGUUUUGGGAAAGAAAGAGAAGAGGACACAGGACGUAGGACGGAGGAGAACCGUGAGCAGUGGACGCGGAGGGUGAGAGCGUGAAGUAUUGGAAGAGUUUUCGAGUUGAGAGGUCGCCGUAAGGACUUCGGAUCAAGAACUACUCUGUUGAUUUCAAAUCAUUGGUCCGUCCAAUAGUGGCUUUUUUUUGUCACUAUUGGAGCCACUAUCUGCAGAGCUCCAUAACCCUUGGACCACUGGUCUUUGGCAGUUUUUUUUGUCAUGCCUGGUGUUUUUCUGGUACACCAAGUGCUCGCAGGCACCCUCUUUUGAUCUGUGCACCUGCCUGCAUCCACGACUCUUGUCAUGCAGGGAGUGAGAGCAAUCAUCGACUAAAUGGAAUUAGCAGACAGAGCAGUUGGAUUUCUGUUAUCCGUUAUGAGCUUGUCGAUAUUUACCUACUAUACAUUUUGGGUUAUCAUCCUGCCUUUUGUAGAUGAUGAUCAUUUCGUUCACAAAUACUUUUUACCUCAAGAGUAUGCCAUACUAAUACCAGUGUCUGCUGGCGUUGCACUGCUUUGCUUCUUAAGUAUAUUUGUUGGAGUCGUGAUGCUCAAAUCCAAAAAAAAGAAGGCUUGAUUUUCAUUUUCCGUUUUGUUGUACCAAUUAUUGAGUUUUGAAACAGCGAAUGUAUUAAGGUAUAUUUUCAAACAUUUCAUUCAAGUUAAGAAAAGCUUUACCUAGACUGUGCUGUUUGUCUACAAUAAUGCAUGCCACAAAAGGUUGUAAAAUAUGAUAAAUGGAGUCUUACUGAUU